AUGGGUAUAAUAUUUAACAUUAGUGCAAAUUUGGAUGAUCCUGAAAUUCAUAGAUGUGUAAACACAACUGUUAAUGCACAGUAUGGUGAUUACAAACAAGACUUCGGUUAUGUGGACGUCCGUGAGGGCGCGCAUAUGUUUUAUUGGUUAUAUUAUACCACGGCUGACGUCAAGAAUCACACAGAAAGACCAUUGAUAGUCUGGUUGCAAGGCGGGCCCGGAGGCUCAUCGACUGGUAUCGGUAAUUUUGAAAUUCUAGGUCCUCUCGACCUUACAUUGCAAGAAAGGGAUUAUACUUGGAUUAAAAACUUCAACGUGCUUUUCGUGGAUAACCCCGUUGGAACUGGAUUUAGUUACGUUGAUGAAUUAAGAUUUCUGACCAAAAGUAACGAUGAAAUAGCAUUGGACUUCGUGGAAUUAAUGCGAGGAUUUUAUAGAAACAAUCCCAUAUUUGAAAAUGUACCUCUGUACAUAUACGGACAAUCUUAUGGGGGUAAAAUGGCUAUAGACAUGGGCAUUCGAAUGCGCGAGGCGGAAGAGGCUGGGACUAUUAAAUCAAAUUUAAGAGGGAUAGCUAUGGGUAAUGCUUGGAUAUCACCUGUCGAUGCUACUUUAACCUGGGCCCCACUAUUACUAGCCGCUGGUCUUAUAGACAAGACCGGUUAUGACAACAUCCAAAAAUCAGCAUUCGAAGCUGAAAGACUAUUUAAUGCUGGCCUGUACCGGGAAUCCAGCUUUCAGUGGGGAAGAACGCAGCAGCAAGUGUUUAGCGCAACAACCUAUGUGGACUUUUACAAUAUUCUUACGAGAAUACCACUUGAUUGGCUCCAAGAUACUCCCCGAAAUCUUGAUGAAUUUUUAACGAAACUGACAAUAAGAGAUCACCCUAUACAGUUACCGGAAGGACAGGAAGAGAUAGAUCUAGAUGAAUUUAUGAAUACGGUAAUCAAGGAUGCACUUAACAUACCCGCAAAUGUUACGUGGGGAUCGCAGUCAAAUGCAGUCUUUGACACUUUGAGAGGCGACUUUAUGAAACCUGUUACCGAUGGCAUUGAAAAGCUAUUAAAUGAAACGGACAUAAUCCUCACCAAGUAUAAUGGAAAUUUAGAUCUUAUUUGUGACACUCCAGGACAAAUAUUGUGGGUCGACCGCCUCAAGUGGGCUGGAGCAGAAGGUUAUAAAAAUGCACCCCGCCAACCAAUUUGGGAAAACAAUCAGCUGGAAGGAUAUUACAAAUCAUACGGAAACUUUAGAUUCUUUUGGAUUAAUAAAGCAGGGCAUAGUGUACCGAGAGAUAACCCAGCCGGAUCGAAUGCAUUUCUUAGAGACAUGACUUCAUUUGGAUAA